CUUUAUGUAAUAAACCGGCAUUGUAAAAAAAAAUACAUAGUAUAAUUUACAUGCGUGUUUACCUUUUCCCUUUAAAUUCUUAUUCCCAUAUGUGGCACGUCAUGUGUUCACAUUUUACACAUCACGGAGUGUCUAAGUUUGGCUCAGGUUUCCUUUUUUCACUCUAUUUUUUCUUAUAUCUUCAGCGUUUGGUAACCUUUUCCCCCCGUCCCUUGCAAUCAUUUUACAAACCAAUUAGUGUGUGGCUCACGCGUGUGGAUGGGUAGAGUGCGUACAGUUACAUCAGUUCCUGUGCGUGUUGGUAAUGGCUGUGCAGUGGCUGCUCCACGCUGCUUUUUUUUAUUCCCAGGACGCAGAAUAGUCAUAAAUCUUAGCCGCUCUGCUCUGGAAAAGGCUGCGAUCAUAAUAAAGACGUCACCCUGCUCUGCUCGGGGUUGGUUCAAGCAGGCGAAGUGCGCAGCUAUUUGCGAGCUACAACAACAACAACCCCGCGGCACCAUGUCCAUGGAUAACGCAGGGAUUUCUCCGAGAUCCCUCCAACGUGCUGAGACCAUAUCUGCGUCAGAUCCACAGCAAAGGGAGCCUUGAAUUUUUUUUUCUCCGGACCUCCGUAGUAACCCGGACGCACGGGGUGGGGAGACUUAAAAGGCGUUGCGGGGCUGUUGUCGCAACGAAAUUGGACGCCAGACGCGGAUUCGAAGAGUCAUGGAGGACACAGCUGCUGCAGUUUCCACCCCUGACACCGGUGUUGCACCGUCAACUCCAAGACCUCAGCCCUCUUCCUUCGCCCCCUCCCGCAGCCUGCUGGAGUGGAGAAGAAGGGUCAGGUCGGAGUAUAUGCGCCUUCGCCAGUUAAAGCGCCUUAAAAAAGCAGACGAGGUCAAGACCCUGUUCAUGUCUAACAGGCAGAAAAUUGAGCAACAGACUAACCUUCUGAACACGGAGUGGUCCAACCUCAGGGUUCAGUCCAUCCCUCUGUCCACUUCCAGCACUGCUGUGGCGAGCAAGAAGAUGUGUUCGGUGGAGUUUGGUUUCCCGGGAUUCAAAGCUCAAAGCAUUGCUAUGAAACCCCUGUCGACAGUGGCAGGAAUCCCCUUCAUGUACUCCUGGUCACCUCUGCAGCACAACUUCAUGGUGGAAGAUGAGACGUUCCUCCACAACAUCCCCUAUAUGGGCGACGAGGUCCUGGAACAGGACGAGGCCUUUUUGGAGGAGCUCAUUGACAACUACGAUGGCGUCCACGGUGACAGAGAAGGGGGAUUCAUCAGUGAUGAGAUCUUUAAAGAGCUGGUGGACGCUUUGAGCCAGUACUCCGACCACGAGGAGGAAGACGAGGAGGAGGCCGCCACCACGGUGGUGGAGGUUCCAGCCAAGAAAGAUGACGAGAGAAUGAUAAGGAGGAGUUCGGCGGAGGGCUCAGAGGAGACCAAAGCCGGGGCGUUCAUCCGCAGGAAAAGGAGAACAGAGGUGAGGGAUUUGUCCAGCACCAAGAAGAUUCCCAGCGAUAAAAUAUUUACAGCCAUCGCCUCAAUGUUCCCCUACAAGGGCACCACAGAGGAGCUGAAGGAAAAGUACAAGGACCUCUUGGAGCCCACCAAUGCAGUGAAGCUGCCCCCCCUGUGCACGCCCAACCUGGACGGACCCUUUGCCAAGUCUGUGCAGCGGGAGCAGUCGCUGCACUCCUUCCACACGCUCUUCUGCAGGCGCUGCUUCAAAUACGACUGUUUCCUCCACCGUAAUGACACUUUUUCUUUCCGAGCCACGCCCAACGUUUACAAGAGGAAGAGUAAGGAGAUCCGCAUGGAGACCGAGCCGUGCGGUGUGGACUGCUUCCUGUUACAGAAAGGGGCUAAAGAGUUUGUGGAUCAGAACAUGUUGCGGUCGAGCAGAUCCCGGAGGCGGCGGAGGCAGCAGCAGCGCCCCACCAGCUCCAGCUGUCCCGGACCGUCCAGGUCUGCGGACGAGGGGAAAGAGGGGGACAGUGACCACGAAACCACCUCCUCUUCAGAGGGAAAUUCACGCUGUCAGACUCCGACAAAGCUGCGUCCAGGGGAGGACGAGGGGGAGCAGGAGGCCUGCUGUGUGGUUCAGUGGAGUGGGGCAGAGGAGUCCCUGUUCAGGGUGCUACACGGCACUUACUUCAACAACUUCUGCUCCAUCGCUCGCCUCAUCGGCACAAAGACCUGCAAGCAGGUGUAUGAGUUUGCAGCUAAAGAGGUCCUUAUCCAUCGGGUUCCUCUGGAGGAUGGAGACAUCUCACCCCAAAAGAAAAAAAGGAAGCACAGGCAAGAGACGGCUUUAAAUUCUUCUGUUGGUUAUGGGCAAAGAUUCAGCUUAAGAAAGUGUGGCGGGCUGAAUGCUUUCUUCUCUGCUGCUCCAGAUAACUCCUCCAAUCAGGUGUACAACUACCAACCCUGCGACCAUCCCGACCACCCAUGCGACAGCUCCUGUCCCUGCGUAAUGACCCAGAACUUCUGUGAGAAGUUCUGUCAGUGUGAGCUCGAGUGCCAGAACCGCUUCCCCGGCUGCAGGUGUAAGACUCAGUGCAACACCAAACAGUGUCCCUGCUACCUGGCCGUGAGGGAGUGUGACCCGGAUCUCUGCAUGACGUGCGGCGCCGCGGACCACUGGGACAGCAAAGUUGUAUCCUGCAAGAACUGUAGCAUCCAGAGAGGCCUGAAAAAGCACCUGCUGCUGGCUCCAUCAGAUGUUGCCGGGUGGGGGACGUUCAUCAAAGAGCCCGUUCAGAAGAAUGAGUUCAUCUCCGAGUACUGUGGAGAGGCAAGUCCAGGCACUUAUUUGGAGUCGCUGAUCUCUCAGGACGAGGCUGAUCGGCGUGGAAGGAUCUAUGACAAAUACAUGUCUAGCUUCCUUUUCAACUUAAACAACGACUUUGUAGUGGAUGCCACGCGCAAGGGCAACAAAAUCCGCUUUGCGAAUCAUUCAGUGAAUCCGAACUGCUAUGCUAAAGUGGUGAUGGUGAAUGGAGAUCACCGUAUUGGAAUCUUUGCCAAAAGAGCUAUCCUGCAGGGAGAGGAGCUCUUCUUUGACUACAGAUACAGCCAAGCUGAUGCCCUCAAAUACGUGGGAAUAGAGAGGGAGGUAGACUUAGCUUAGCUUCAUCAACAGUCUACCUCCGCGACCUGUCCAUUACUCCUCAGCCUCCCACCAGUGCUUUUGUUCCUGUGUAGCAUCACAUCAAGCUGACGAGUUUUCCCUCAGCAGUCACUGUCUCUGCGCCUCUGCUGCUCUUCCUAAGAUAGAAUUCCUGUCCCCGCUGUUUGCCGGCGCCCCUGCUCUGCAAUCGGCCCACCUACAGCCUCAGUGACAGUGGUUAGCACUCGCCAUCCUCUGCCCAAACCCGCGAACUGUAAAUGUCAAGCUUGUUAAAAUAAACUAUCUAAAGUGCAAGUGCUAAUAACCCACAUCGCUUACUACACUAAAAAGGAGCACGUGGUUUUUUUUUUAUUCCAUCUUGUCAACAGAAAGAAACCACCCUACCUAAUGUACAGCGUGAUACUCUUAGUAGUUUUGUUUCUGUACUUAUAGACAGGCUUUUGUUGGAUGUCUCAGUACAUUAUCCAGACUUUACAUUAAAUUUGCUUUACAGUAACCCCGAUAAUGACCAGUGAAAUGCAUGUGCUGUUUUCCGACAUCCAUUAAACAUAUUAAACACUGCAUUAGCGUCAGGCUGAUGCUCUUCCUGUUCAGUCCGUCAGUGUUGAAGACGAUGGCGUUGCGCUCCACAGAUGGCUUCAUGGAAUUGGCUCAGACUUGAGAGCUCGGUAUGUUUUUCUGUGAUCCAUUUCAGCAGUUGGCAUAACCGGCUAGUGUGCUUUUAUAUCAUUGUUCUGUAAGACAGGCAACCGGACGAGAGACCGACUGACUGAAUGUAACUUGUAGACGAUGAAGGUGAAGAGAUAUCACCCCUCUUUACAUUUUACGUAUUAUUCUACUAUUGGUACUCAAAGCAGUGUACAUACAUGAAAUAUUUACCAUCGUGUUUACAUGGUUGCACCUUGUUGGACAGUUAAGUAAUAAAUGAAAUGGUCACCAAGUAAAUGUCUUCCAUUGAAAUGAAAAAAAAAAGAAUUUAUUCCUCACAGAAAAGAGCUAAAAUAAUUUGCAUGUUGCAUAACCAAAAGAGCUUAAUUAAAGGAUAUGACAACAUGAAAAGCAAAAUUGUCAGUGUUUUACCAAAUAUUUAACUCCCCUACAUGUGAAUGUAAAAUAUCAUUUAUCAUGUUUUCUUAAUUUUUUUUAUGGCUACAUUUAUUAUUUACUCUGUUGUUCAUUUAUAAAACAUUUAAAGCCCACUUACAAAUGAGAUAUUUCUCUGUAGAGCUGAACAAAAUCAAGUUUAAUGUUGUGUACAGUGUAUGCCUCUAAAAAUAAAGGUUUAACUUUAUACAUUAUAAAUAUUGUCCUCUCCUUACGCAUGUUAAAUGUGACUGAUCAGAAAACUGGACGCAUCCAUCUUAAAAUGACAUCAGCAAUUUUCUUCAAGCUUUUUUUUAUUGAGAUGACAAUUUGACUUUGCCUUUGUUUACACAGUCAUGGUCAUUUACAGUGACAUUUUUACAAAACAGACUUGAGCAAGAAUAGAAAGAAAUCAAAGAUAUGUGAUCAAAGACAUAGCUGUGUUAUUUUUCUACUUGUUCCGGUAAGGAUUUGUUUGGUGGUGCAGAGAAGUCAGCUGAUCGAACAUGCCUCCUGCUCCCUCUAGUGUUUUCUCAUUCAGAUUCUGUUCCUUAUCGCUGAUUACAGGCCAUUUGCAGAUGUACUUAUACAUUUGUAGAUUUAAUAGUGUCCUUAGAAUACAGAAACAGAUUACAGGACUUUAGGAAUUCUCCUCCAAGAUUUAACUCCAGGAGGUUUUUAACUGUGCUCCAGUGGUCACAUGUUUAGCAGAGUCAGUAGAUACUCUGUCUGAGCCCACCACGUCCUGCUAGCUACCCCCCUCUGCCGGCCAGUCGGUCUGAACACGCAUUCCAUCCCAGCACACCAAACCCUGUUUUUGUCUCCUUGUUUUUGUGUUGGUGCACUACAGCAAGUGCACGAAAAGUUGGCGUCAGUGAGAAUUUGUCAUCAUUUAACACCUUUAGACUGCAAACCAUGAAGAUACAAAUGUCACAACAUCCAGUCACUCACACAAACACACUCCAGGGACCACAAAUUAAUUUUCUUAAGAGGUGGAAUAAUGUGACACUGCUAUACGCAAUGUUUAUAAUCCAUUUACCAACGAAUACAGUGAAGUGUACACAUUUAUAUAGUAAAUAUAUAAGCUGACUUUUUCUAGAGGACAACAAAGCUAUCGGACCAAAUUUUUGUACACCUAAGAACACAAAUCGUUCUUUGCAUCAAUCACGAACCCUCAGUUUCACUCUGUUUUCUCAAUUUUCUCUUUCAUCCAUCUUUUUACAGCGCAUUCUUAAAAAUAUAGUCUGUAAAUGCCAAAUCUGUACAGUUUCAUACAAUGUUGGCAAGUUGUGCCUUUACAGUAACUGUAGUUUUUACAUGUACUGUACAACCUUUCACUGUACAAUUUCACACAGUCCUGCCCGUCUGUCAUGGAAGAAUGCCUAGAUCGUUCUGGAAGUACUGUGUUGUAGUUAUCCUGAGCAGUCUAAAAAGCUAUCAAUAAUAAUACUUUCAAUGCUUAGCAGUCUACAUGAAAGACACAUUUCUAUGUUUCACUGUAGUGUCUGCUCAUACAUUACAGAGUCAAAUGAUUUACAUUCAAAGCACUCCAUUAAGCUUGUUUUGUAUAAACCCUAGAAACAAAAAAGUUGUUCAACACAUUACUCAUAUAUUCACGUAUACACUCAUUACAUCCUACUUGCUACCAUAGAUUUGCAAAUGAAUCGCAUACAUUAACAUUAUUUGAGGCUGAAAGAAGCUCAUAUUGUUGCACGUUACUGCAAAGUGCGCUCAUGCUCUAUGUAUGCAUAGCUAAAAUAUUGCAAAUGUUUUCCUAUUUUUAACUUUUGCCCACAUACACAGCAGUGCUUUAGUGUCAGGUGGAGCUGCAGAGACUGACGAUUGCCCUAAGCUUUGGUGGCACCGCACAUCCAAUAACAUUUCUUUCUGUCAUCAAAAGAAAGUUCAUUGGGCUAUAGGCAGACGUUUUUAAGUGAAAGCAGCUAAAAAAAAGCAGCGACAACACUGAUAUUGUGGUCCGUUACUGUUCUAUAUUAAUUGCAAAAAUAUCCUAGCAGUGUCAGAAAUAAAAGGUUAGCAUUUACACUCUUGUGGUCCACUGUACAUAUGUCAAUGUGUGCAUGUAUGUGUGUUCAUAUGUAUGCUUCCUAGGUACACAUAGGAUGCAGCUGUUCCCUGAAGUUUUUUUAUUUUUAUUAAAGAUUACAUAAUUCAUUCUUUUAUUGUCUGGAUAUGUUAUGUUGAGUCAGACACUAUGUAGCACCAAGCUGAUGGCCGCUUGAUCGACAGAAACAACGAGAACUAUAAUAUAUUUAGGUCACUGUGUCGCUUUUGAUUUUUGUUUUGAUCCUGUAUUACACUGACAAACCUGCUAGCUCCCAUACCCAGAGGUCCUGUUUCAUCAAACCAACUCAGUCUCAUUUUCUAAACUCAGUGGUCUGAGAUUGUGUUGUAAAUCUGAGCAUAUUACUCUGCAAAGCUACUAUCUACUGACACUGGCUUUUCUGAGCCAUUUAUACGUGCCAUUCUGUAUAGGUGAUGCGCUGUUAUAGGUCGCAAUACAACAAAUUAAGCAUAUAUACCUUUUACAAUCUUAACAUGUAUCAUCUCAAAGCGUAAAGCUCCAUGCUUGUCAGCAUAUUUCACUCUUUGGCUGCAGACACCAGUUUUAUCCUUGCUUUGUAUUUUUGUUGCAGCUGGUUUAGUUCAACAGCACUUUGAUGUGUUCACUAUUCAAUUCCAAGAGAGAUUACUAGCUAUGGUUUCAAAAACGGCUCCAUGAGAGAUUGUCAUCAAAAGGUAAAUUCAAGAUGGCAAUGAAUCUAUACAGACAGCUGUCAUUAUUUUCAACCGGUUCAAAAAUGGCUCAGAAAAGAAAUUAAUUAAUAAAAGCCUGAAUACUGAAGUGAUUUCCCAAUUGAACUCCACUUGAAAUCUUUUUCCUUUUUUCCACAGUGUCUAUCUAAACUUUCACUGAAUAAGCCAUACCCUUUCAGAUCAAGCUUGCUCAGAUGAGGCACUUCAGUAUUUCACCCUGCAAUACAGUGUGAGACUUGUUGGCUACUCAUGCAACAUGGAACUUGAUUUGAAUCCGGCAAAACUAGAACUUACCAAAAUACAUACUUUGUAAAGUUGAGCACCAGGCAUCGUAUCCCACUCGACCGGGGAAAAGAACACAACCCAAAACAUAGAAUAAGGGAAAUGAAAUAAUUAGAAAAACUUACUACAGGUAUUUGUGGUUUUUGUAAGUGCAUUCCCUCUCCUCAA